AGACUUCUUCAUAGUAAGAGACAUAACAGAUGUUUCAUUCAACUUGAAGCGAGUAACAAGCGAGGAAACAAAAUAAGUUUAGACAUGUUGCCAGGAAAGAAAGGGGGAACAUGGCUCGGUAUGUCUAAAAAUGAGAAAAUUGGAGUCCUCACAUUCUAUCGAGAAAGCUUGAAAUUGAAAAGAGAACGCGAGAGAGGACGAGGCCAUUUAGUUGCAGAUUUUCUCAAAUCCAGCCAACAAACAACACCUUUAGUGUUUUUGGAAAAUGUUAGAAAAACCAGCUGUGAAUACGGUGGCUUUAAUUUAAUAUUAGGUCACGUACCUGUUGGCUCAUCCGAUAUGGAUUUUGCUUAUUAUUGUAACAGGGAACACAAACCGUUAUUUGAUUUAAAAGCAGGAACGUACGGGUUAAGUAAUCGAUAUUUAAACUACGGCUGGGAAAAAGUUGUUAUUGGAAAACAAUCCUUUAACGAGAUUGUUCAACGCCAAUGCACAAAUGAUGAAAAGAUUACCCAAUUACUAACUUUUUUAUCUGAUGAAACACGGUAUGAGCUUAAUGAUACGUUUCGUAAUCCAAAAGAUGGUGAUACACCUGACGAGUUUCUUAAAGGUUCCUCGACAGGAAUAUCAGUAAAUAUGCCCAAAUAUAAGUUUGGAACAAGAACAAAUUCGGUGAUUAUUGUAGACAGCAACGAUAAAGUCUCAUUUGUUGAGCGAACAAUGGUUGAACCUAUAAACGCCGAGAAUCCCGUUUGGAAGAGCACCAAGUUUCAGUUUGAACUCAAAGAUGAUUAAUUUUUUUCAUAAUCUUUGAUGAAACAAGUUUUCGCUCAUAAAAACAUAUCAAUUUUUCGAUAUCAAUUAUUAUGUAAAAAUAGUCUUAAAAAUCCCUAACUUAUUUAAAGGAAUGUUCAUCACUGUGCUAUUCAGGUGUAUAUAAGCUAAUGUUGAAGGGAAUAGAAAUAGAUGCACGAAAUUUUGCUGUCGAUAGUAUUUAUAGAUCAGAACGUAAAGAUUACAUUGUUUCUUUGAAGUA